GAGGAGCGGGUGGCUAUGGCAGCUGCGCGGCGCCAGCGGCGGCUACGACGGAGCGCGCGCGCGGCUUUGAAUGAGCGCGGCUGGGACUGAACGGGCGGAGCGCGAACUCGGGGAAGCGACUGGCAGCGCGGCACGCGCUCGCCUUGUGUGCGCGCGCGGUCCGCGGCAGCUCGGAACCUCCGCCGGGCGGGCGGGGAGGGGGAGGGGCAGGUUUUGGUUCCCACCAUGGCCAUCACACAAUUUCGGUUAUUUAAAGUUUGUACCUGCCUAGCAACAGUAUUCUCAUUCCUAAAGAGAUUAAUAUGCAGAUCAGGCAGAGGACGGAAAUUAAGUGGAGACCAAAUAACUUUACCAACUACUGUUGAUUAUUCAUCAGUUCCUAACCAGACAGAUGUUGAAGAGUGGACUUCCUGGGAUGAAGAUGCACCCACAAGUGUAAAGAUCGAAGGAGGGAAUGGGAAUGUGGCAGCACAGCAAAAUGCUUUGGAACAACUGGAACCUGACUAUUUUAAGGACAUGACACCAACUAUAAGGAAAACUCAGAAAAUUGUUAUUAAGAAGAGAGAACCAUUAAAUUUUGGCAUCCCAGAUGGUAGCACAGGUUUCUCUAGUAGAUUAGCAGCUACACAAGAUAUGCCUUUUAUUCAUCAAUCUUCUGAAUUAGGUGACUUAGAUACCUGGCAAGAGAAUACCAAUGCAUGGGAAGAAGAAGAAGAUGCAGCCUGGCAAGCAGAAGAAGUUCUAAGGCAGCAGAAAAUAGCAGACAGAGAAAAGAGAGCAGCAGAACAACAAAGGAAGAAAAUGGAAAAGGAAGCACAGCGGCUAAUGAAGAAGGAACAAAACAAAAUUGGUGUGAAACUUUCAUAACAAGUGUUCUUCAGUUGUCAUAGUGCCAGUAGGAGAAAUCUGAGCUCCACAACGCAAGCAACGUUUGUAUGGAUUUAAGAGUAUUUUCAGAAUGCAAAUCCACUGCUUAAUUUUAAUGUAUUUAUCAGGCCAUCUAGGACACCAGGAUUCUCCCAAAAUACCUUGAACUUUUAGUGAUUGAGACUGAAAAGGACAAAAAAGACUUACGAGACAACAUUUUCUUCAACAUGCUCCAAAUAUAAGACAAUUGUUUGCUGUAGAGAAAUUAUUACAAAUGGAAUAUAUCAGUACCUCUCAAGCUCGUGUUUCUAGCUAAAUAAGUGGGUGUAAAUAAUUUUAUGGUGGAAAAGAACUCUGUUGUCUAUUAUGCUUUCCUUCAAUGUGCAUAAUGAUAAAAUAAAUAAUUUUAAUAUUCUUUGGUUUCCAUGAUUACCUGACCUAAAUUAGACAAGUUGUAGGGCUUUAACUUAUUUUUGUUGUCAGAGCGGGUGUUGGCAUACAUUUUCUCUAAUUUGAACUGGUAUUGUUUAUGUUUGAUACAACAUGAAGGAAUUUGAUGACUUUGGUUUUCAAGAAAAUGACAUUAAAUGCAAUAAUUUUAUUUAUCAUAAAGACUUUAUAUAUCAUUGUUUUCUUUUGGAUGGUGUUGUAAUGCUAUAUAUAUUUGUAAUUUAUAUUGCAUGUAUAAACAUUGGAAAUCAGCAAAAAUGACAAAUUUGUUUUACAUUAUUAUAACUGUGAGUUUUAAAAACUAUUAGUAGUAGUUUUACUCUUUUAUUAUAGAUUUUAAGAUGUUACAGUGUCUUUAAGUACCUUAGUUUUUCCUCCUCCCCAAAAGCCAUUAAUUUACAAAUGCAGAAAGCUGUUAGAGGACUUCUGUGUCAGCUUUAUACACUCACAUCUGGCAUAAUGCAGGUUACCCAUGUUGUUGGCUGAUCCAUUUUCAAUUCAUUAAAUUAUAAACCAAAAUAGGACUAAUAAUAUUUUAUUUAUGGUGUUGAUUGACUCCAAAAUAAUCUUAAAUAAAUAAUUACAUACUAUGUUCAUAGGGGAAAAAAACAUAGAUUUGUUAGUUUAAAAUCCCAUUAAAAUCCUCCACAAAUAAAAUGCAUUCAGCCUGA